UGGGUGCCAAGUACAAGACCCCAAAUGUAGCCCAAAUGUUGAAACAAAAAAGUAAUUUUACAGCUUAUAAUGAAGGGAAAAAGUAAAAAAAACAACAACAACAACAUUACAUAACUAAACAGUUUUAAGAUUUCUGUAUGAAGAAAUCAACCAUCGAGGUCGGACAGGCACUACCUUUAAGGCAGCUUCACGAUUUCUCUUUUUACUUUACUGCUGCCGUGAGAACUUCUUAUUUUGUGGGCAGGCGAGUUAGUCAGAUACAUUUAGAGUUUAGGUGAAAGUGCUCUUCGCACUCUAUGCUCUGGUUUGCUGAGUUAAGCUGAUGAAGUUAAGCAGAGUAUAAAACACAUUAAUCCCACAUUACUGUGUUGAAAAAAAUGCACAGUGGCAGUUAGGCACACCCAGCUCACUGAAACCACAGUUACCAAGUGUCAACACAAAUACGUCAAGAUUUCUAGCUGGAGAGAAGAUCGGACUUGUGAGUACUCUGAAAUGUAAAACAAAACUGAAUUACUGUGUUAGAUAAUGUAUAUAGAAAAGGGAAUAUAUUUUGUUUCAAUGUUGGGGGCAGGGGGGAAACACAAUGGAGUAAAAUCUAUUGUACAUUACACUAAAGCUUAUGUUGUGCUUUUUCUUUUCAGAGACAAAGAAUGUCCCACAAGCCAAAGUUACAGUCUUAUAAGAAUCACAGCAGGUCUGAUGUAUUGGCAGGUGGUUUUAGCGGUCAGGAGAUGACACUGGCGGUGUUGCUGGAGCAGGCUUUCAGGAUCAAAGACGAGGUGGCAGCAGGGCUCCAGUCCACCAGAGGCUCCCUGCAGAUGGAGGCAAUGUCCUGCAGACUCCUGGAGAAUCACAUACUGACUGUGACUCGCAUUGUGAAGCAUCUUAGCAAAGACAUACAGGCCCUGGAGGGACGGAUCACAGAGCGGGACUUGAUCACCUCUGGAACAACAAAGGCUAUUCAAGAACUGGAUCAGAAGAACACAGCAGGCAUUGGGGACCUGAGAGGAAGAGUAGCCAGGUGUGAUGCCAGCAUCGCCAAGCUGAGCGCUGACGGGAACUCGGGGGAGUGGCAGCUGAAUAGACUACAGCAUGAGGUGGCAGGGGUCAAGUCAGCUGUGGACGGACGACUCAAAGAGCUGAAGGCCAAGUUCUAUCAUGACCUGGGGAGACUGGAGGCCUCAGUGUCAGAGCAUUAUCAUGGUCAAAAGAGCGACAUGUCUGAUCUGCAGGCACAACUCAAACAACUAGAAGACAGGAUCUCCAACGGCUUAAAGGAGGCAAAAGAGCAAACAGAUUCACUAAGGAAGUGGACAGAACAGCAGCUCGACACAUCUGCCCAGCACUGCACUCAACAGCAGGACAAAAUGAGAGAAUCUGCGUCUAGAUUAUGUGACCGGCUGCGUGCUCUUGAGGCCCGUGUAGAUCUGUGUGAGACCCAGAAGGACCAGAUCCACCAAAGACAGGCAGAGCAGAUGAAACGCUGUGAAAACGUCCUCAGUAAAAGAAUGACCUCAGUGGAGAGCGGCCUUCAUCAGGAGCUGCAGCUGCUCAAACAGGAAUAUCACAAAGGCUUCCUGUCCAUGCAUGAUGCCAUCGAGUCCCUGAUGCAGAUAGGUGACAUCAAGUCCCGCCUUAACAAGGAGAAGCUUCAGAAGGCUUUAAGGCACAACCACAGCAAAGUGCAGGCAGAGCUUGAUGACCUUUGACAGUCAACUAAUGAGGAGCGACUGAUGAGGGCUCGACUUUCAGAGGAGUACUAAAUGUUUUAUUCUAGGAGUUGCAGAUAUGGUUAAAUUAGAUCAUACAGAAAUCAGAUAGAUUAUCAAGCAAAUUUGAAAGUUGCCUACAGUUUAUCUCUCUCUUUUUUACUUUAAGAUAUAAACAAUGUGUCAUAAAUUGAAAUUUGAUGAGAGAACACUAAUUAGUUUACACAACAAGAAUGUCAAUGUUUUAGAUAGAUACAAAUGUUUUAAAUGGGAAAGUUCUGUAACGUGACUGAAAUGCAGCAUAUGUGAAAAUGUUACAAAUUCUUCUCUACAAUAUAACAGCUGAUCACCUGUAAUUGCUUGUUUCACUAAACCAGUUUCACGGAC